AUGUGCAGAGCCUUCCCCACCACGCUGAAGGGCCCCGUAAGGAUUUGGUUCAGCAGGUUGACGCCCAACUCCAUUAAUUCCUUCAAGGAGUUAAGCACCGAAUUCGCAUCGCACUUCAUCGGGGGACACAAGUAUAAGAAGUCUACUGCAUGCUUAAUGAACAUUAAGCAAUGGGAAGAUAAGACGCUGAGGUCCUACAUCACCCGCUUUAACAAGGAAAUGCUCUCGAUUGAUGAAGCUGACGACAAAAUACUUGUAACAACCUUCACAAAUGGGUUGCGGAAGGGUAAGUUUUUGUUUUCUUUAUACAAGAACGACCCAAAAACCAUGUCGGAUGUACUUUAUAAGGCCACCAAGUACAUGAAUGCCGAGGAUGCACUACUGGCUCGAAAGGAAAAGCCUAGGAAGAGAGAGAGGCAAGAAGACCUGCGACAGGACAGGGGGCGAAAUAUGGCAAGGACCGAAGAGCAAAAAGAUGACAAGCGCUCUAAGCCCCCGGCAAGGAGGUUCACAAGCUUCACCCCGCUAACCAUCCCAAUCGACCAAGUCCUAAUGCAAAUAAAGGACGAAGGAGCCUUAACCUUCUUUGGAAAGCUGAAGGGGGAUCCCAACAAACGGCCUAGAGACAGGUACUGCUGCUUCCACCGUGAUCACGGUCAUGACACAGCUGACUGCUAUGACUUGAAGCAGCAAAUUGAAGCUCUUAUUAGGCAAGGGAAGUUAAAAAAGUUCGUCAGCAGGGAGAGAACAGAUCCGCCUACUCAAGAACAAGCCCCCCAACGGGACAACGAGCGUCCCAAACCACCCCUGGGAGACAUAAGGAUGAUUGUGGGAGGCACGGCGACUACCGACUCGUCCAAAAAGGCCCGAAAGACUUACCUCAGAAUGGUUCAAAAUGUUCAGAUGACAGGUGUUGUCCUGAAGAUGCCACGGGUUGAUAACCCAAUUAUUGGUUUCUCAGAAAAAGGUGCUUGA